GAAAGCUACCACCUUUUUCAUUACCCUUUUCUCAACGCGUUGAUCAAGAAGGCAACAGAACCAUGGAAGAAGCACUGCCAAUGGAGAUAGAUACCAAUACCCCGCAGCAGAAGAUUACUCGUGAUGUUCUUCCAUUCGCUAGAAGCUAUCAACUUGAAGCAUUGGAGAACGCUAUCCGUGAGAAUACCAUAGUUUACUUGGAGACUGGUUCAGGCAAGACUUUGAUAGCCGUCAUGCUUCUUCGCAGCUAUGCUCAUCUUCUGCGCAAGCCUUCUCCUUUCGUCGCAGUGUUCUUGGUUCCCCAAGUUGUGUUGGUGUCACAACAAGCUCAAGCCGUGAGAAUGCACACUGAUUUGAACGUGGGGAUGUAUUGGGGAGAUAUGGGAGUUGACUUCUGGGAUGCUACUACGUGGAAACAAGAAACGGAGACACACGAGGUGCUUGUCAUGACUCCUGCAAUAUUGCUGAAUUGCUUGAGGCAUAGCUUUUUCAAACUGAAUAUGAUCAAGGUUUUAAUAGUGGAUGAAUGCCAUCAUGCUAGGGGUAAACACCCAUACGCCUGCCUCAUGACUGAAUUUUAUCAUCACCAAUUAAAUUCUGGUAUCUCUGACCUCCCUCGAAUUUUCGGGAUGACUGCAUCUCCAAUUAAGUCAAAAGUUGGAAAUUCUGAAUCAUCCUGGGCAAAUAAUAUUCGGAAACUAAUGACUCUAAUGCAUUCAAAGGUAUAUACAUGUGUAAGUGAAGCUGUCCUCGCUGAGUUCAUACCAACAUCGACACCAAAAUUCAAGUUUUACAGGGAUAAUGGAGUUCAAUUUGUAUUAUUUGAAGAAUUAGCAUUUAAACUCAAGAUGUUAAAAGAGCAGCAUGAAAUCACUCUAAGAAGUUCAGAUUUCACUAAAACAGCUGCUGAGUCUGCAGAAAAAAGAAUAACAAAGAUUUUUUCUGCUUUAAUGUUUUGCCUAGAUGAGCUUGGUGUUUGGUUGGCUUUGAAGGCUGCAGAGUCUUUAUCUUCCAAUGAAAGUGAAUCAUUUUCAUGGGGACACUCUGGUGAUAGAGUUCUUAGAAGCUUUAUUUUGGAUGGUGUGCAUACGCUUAAAACAUACUUACCAUGUGCAUCUCAAUGGUCUAUUGGUGACAAUAUCAAAUCUGAUGUGGAAAUGGGGCUGUUAACCUCCAAAGUUUGCUGUCUUAUUGACUCUCUACUUGAGUACAGGGGGUUGACAGAUAUGAGGUGCAUAAUUUUUGUGCAAAGGGUCAUUACAGCCAUUGUCCUUCAGGAUUUAUUGAAUACCUUGCUUCCAAAAUACAAUAGCUGGAAGACUAAAUUCAUUGCAGGACACAAUUUUGGUUUGCAAAAUCAGUCAAGGAGAAAACAAAAUGGAAUUGUGGAAGAGUUUCGAAUGGGAUUGGUCAACAUCAUUGUUGCAACAUCAAUUCUCGAAGAGGGUUUAGAUGUUCAAAGUUGCAAUUUAGUUAUUAGAUUUGAUCCAUCUCCCACAGUGUGCAGUUUCAUACAGUCCCGGGGACGUGCCAGAAUGCAAAAUUCAGAUUACAUAUUAAUGGUUAAGAGUGGGGAUUCAGUUACUUGUUCUCGACUAGAAAAAUACCUUGCAAGUGGGGAUAUUAUGAGGAAGGAGUCGUUGCGUCAUUCUUCCCUUCCAUGUGAUCUUUUUGAAGGUGAUGAAUUUGAUGAGGAAACUUACCGUGUUGCAAGCACUGAAGCCUUUGCAAAUCUUAGUUCUAGUAUUGGUUUAAUACACUUGUAUUGCUCACGGCUUCCUUCAGAUGGGUACUUUAAACCGACUCCAAGGUGGGACAAAGUGACCGGAACAUUGUAUCUACCCAAGAACUGCCCUCUACAGCCUAUUCAUGUAGAAGGUGACAAAAAGAUCUUGAAGAAUAUUGCUUGCCUUGAAGCAUGCAAACAACUUCAUAAGAUUGGAGCUCUGACAGAUAAUCUUGUUCCUGAUAUUGUCAUUGAAGAAGCAGAGGUGGAGGAAUUUGGGAACGAACCUUAUGAUGAAAACCAACCAACGUAUGUCCCAUUUGGAUUGGUAAAUUCUGUGUCAAAUAAUAGUCACACAACCUACCAUUGUUAUUUGAUGGAGUUCAAUCAAAAUUUUAGCUAUGAUAUCUGUGUACAAGAUAUUUUUCUUGCCACAAGAAUUGAGCUUGAUCCAGAAAUCGGAUGCACACAAUUUGAUAUGGGUUUUGACAGAGGUAGCUUGUCUGUGAAGUUAAGAUACAAAGGAACCAUUAAUCUUUUUCCGGAUCAGGUUCUUUUAUGUAAAAAAUUCCAGGUUACUAUUCUUAGAAUUCUCAUAGAAAAUAAUAUGGAUAAGUUGGCGACUGAUAUAGACAAAUCCUAUUUGGAAGAUAAUCUUGAGAUUGAUUAUCUUCUGCUUCCCGCUAUUGAUAAAGGGCUAAAUCCAGUUGUCGAUUGGUUAGCAAUUAAUUCUGUAAAUCCAUGUAGCAUUAGGUGUAAGAUUCAUCAACCGACCAUAUGGACUAAAAGUGGCCUAGUUUGUACUUGUAAACUGCAAGGUUCAUUGGUUUGUACUUCCCAUGCUAAUGGUAAGAUUUAUUUCUAUGUCACCACUGGUUUAAUGGACUUGAAUGGAAACUCCCCUAUGGAACUAAGGGGAGGUGGAGUUACGACAUACAAGGCUUACUAUGAACAACAUCAUGGCAUUGAAUUGCAAUUUGAACAUCAACAACUAAUUAAAGCAAGACACAAGUUUCAAGUUAAAAAUUACUGUCAUGGACGCAAACAAGGGAAGGGAAGAGAAGCAAGUAAGGCCUUUGUUGAAUUACCUCCUGAGCUGUGCUUUAUAGUCAUGUCACCACUACGAGAUAGUAUCAUCUAUUCCUUCUCGUUUAUUCCGUCGAUAAUGCAUAGACUUGAAGCAUUGCUCCUAGCUUUCAACCUUAAAAAGAUGCAUUUGGAUCAUUGCUCACAGAAUGAAAUUCAAACAAUCAGGGUGUUGGAAGCAAUCACAACUAAAAGAUGCAAUGAGACCUUUCAUUAUGAGUCUCUAGAGACUCUUGGAGAUUCUUUUCUUAAAUAUGCAGCCAGUCAGCAACUUUUUAAAACAUAUCAAAAUCACCAUGAAGGUCUCCUUAGUGUAAAGAGGGAAAAGAUCAUAUCUAAUGCUGCCCUCUGUAAGCUAGGGUGCAGUUCUGGACUUCCGGGCUUCAUACGAAAUGAGCCUUUUGAUCCUAUUGCCUGGACUAUUCCUGGUGAUAAAUCUGGAAGUUUUAAAUUGAAAGAGUUGGAUAUCAAGGGCAGAAAAAUUUAUGUUAGUGGAAAUAGAAAAUUAAAACGAAAGAUUGUUGCUGAUGUUGUCGAGGCACUAAUUGGGGCCUUCCUCAGCACUGGUGGUGAAAAGGCUGCAUUGCUAUUUAUGGAUUGGGUUGGUAUUAAAGUGAGUUUCAAUAAAAUUCCCUAUGAUAGGCUGUUUGACAUUCAACCUGAGAAACUGGUAAAUGUCAGCUUUAUAGAAUCACGAUUGAAGUACUCAUUCCAUGACCGUUCUCUUUUGGUGGAAGCUCUGACCCAUGGUUCUUAUAUGCUUCCUGAAGUUCCCAGAUGUUAUCAGCGACUUGAAUUUCUGGGAGAUUCAAUAUUGGAUUAUCUGAUUACUUGGCAUUUGUACAAAAAAUAUCCCGGCAUGUCACCUGGGCAGCUGACUGACAUGAGAUCAGCCUCUGUGAACAAUGAUAGUUAUGCAUGGUCUGCCAUUAAGCAUGGGUUGCAUAAACAUGUACUCCAUGCCUCACAAGAGCUGCAUAAGCAUAUUGCUGUCACACUGGACAAUUUUGAUAAGUUAUCUUCGUCAUCAACUUUUGGAUAUGAGUCAGAUACAUCACUCCCCAAGGUACUUGGAGACAUUGUAGAGUCUCUGGCUGGAGCGAUUCUCGUUGAUUCAGGAUACAAUGAGGAGGUUGUGUGGGAAAGCAUAAGGCCACUUUUGGAACCCCUCGUCACACCUGAAACGUUGAAGCUCCAUCCCAUCCGAGAGUUGAAUGAACUCUGCCAAAAAAGAAAUUAUCAAGUUAUACGUGACACCGGGUCCCGCAAGGAUGGUGUGACUAGUUAUAGAAUGGAGGUAGAAGCUGAUGGGGUCAUUCACCAGUUUGAGUAUUUAGGUCCUGCUCUUAAGGACACAGCUAAGAAGAUAGUCUGCAAGGAAAUUUUGAAUUCCUUGAAGAAAGAAGAAUCACACACAGGAAUGGUUUAACAUGACAUUGUCGUUGUAAUACUUAUUAAUAUUUCUACAUGACAUUGUAAUUUUACAGGAAUGAGUGUGAAGUAGUUUUACAUUAUCAUCUAAUCAUAAACUAUUAUUUAUGAUAAAUUGUUAACUUUUAUAAUAAGCAAGUAAAAUGUUAUACUAAUGGUGAUAUUUGUUUGGUUAAUGAUGUAAAACUUUUAGAUUGUCAGUGCAUCUCUUCUUUUUAAUCCUUCUCAUUAAUAUUUCACCGGUGUGAGUAUAAUAUUAACAUUUCCUAUCAUGUGACUUAGGUUUUGACUUUUGAUACUAUCACUAGUUUACAACAAAGGAUGCUUACAGUGAACAGACAAUAUUUCACCAUUCAAUAUUUUAUGUGUUAAAUGGACUAACUGGAAAAAAAAAAGAUUAAUCAUAUUGGUCGCGGAGGAUGAUGAAAAGCUUAUUGCUGUGAAGGAUCGUUUGGAAGAGGAAGAGAAGUCAUUUUUUGAAAAAA